AUGAAGACCACAUUCGUUGUUGUUGCUGGUUUGGUAUCUGUCGCAUAUGCUCAGGUCACAGCUCUCAUCACUCCAACCGCAUCUGCUCCUGAUGGAUGUGCCACUAGCUAUUCUGGAGCUUUUCAAAUCUCUACUGUAAAUGUUAGCAGUGUAUCAAAGCGUCAGCAAAAGCGUGCCGACUGUUCAUCAUCUCUUGCUGUCACACUCAACGAUGGUAUUCUUAAGGACCAGCAGGAUAGGACAGGAUACAUUGCUUCAAACACUCAAUUUCAAUUCGAUGGCCCACCACAAACUGGAGCUCUUUAUACCGGCGGCUGGUCUGUUUGUUCAAACGGUUCUCUCGCUCUUGGAGGUUCCGCUGUUUUCUACCAAUGCCUCUCGGGUACAUUCAAUAAUUUGUACACUGAAUCGCAGGGCGAACAAUGCUCCCAAAUUUUGAUCCAAACAUCUGCAUGCAGCUCAGCUGCUGGAUCUGGCGUCGUCGGACAAUCGACUGAUGGCCAAGCAACUGCCACUGCCAUCGCUUCUCUAUCCUCUGCAGCUGUUUCUCAAAUAUCAGAUGGGCAACCACAAGGUGCAACCUCCGCCGCUCCUAUCUCUCAGAUUAGUGACGGACAAAUUCAAGCCCCUACUUCUGCUGGCGGUGCGCCAAUCACUCAGAUUAGCGAUGGCCAGGUACAAGGUGCUGCCUCUAUUGCACCAUCUCCAACAGGUGUUCCUGUCAGUCAGAUUCCAGAUGGACAAAUUCAAGGUGCAACAUCCACAUCUGCCGCUCCUUCGGCGGUGAUCUCCCAGAUUCCCGAUGGUCAAAUCCAAGCUCCCACUAGUGCUGCUGCUCCUUCGGCGGUAAUCUCCCAGAUUCCAGAUGGUCAAAUCCAGGCUCCCACCAGUGCUGAAGUUCCUGCGGCCGUCGUCUCUCAGAUUCCCGAUGGUCAAAUCCAGGCGCCCACCAGUGCCGCCACACUCGAAACGAGCACUUCUCUUGCCGGUCCAGUCGUCUCUCAAAUCAGCGAUGGCCAGAUCCAGGCUCCUACCGCCACCCCAACGAAUUAUACCUAUUCCAGCACAACAUCCGCCCCUGCUGAAUUUACUGGCGCUGCCAACGCUUACCAGGUCAGUGGCUCUUUGGCUGCGGCUGCUAUUGGUCUCUUUGCUGCUCUUUUAUAG